GGUGGCUUUCUCUUCCCUUCCUCGAGGGGAGGGGGGCGUCCUGGGACUGUGCGGCUUGCCCAGGGCCAAGAUACACUUGGCAAACGCUUUGUUUAAGGCCUUUACGUGCCCAUGAAUUAAUGGAUGUACCCCCCCCCUUUUUCUGUGACAGACACAUUGGGAUCCAUAACUAGAGUGUCUGGGAGGCUGAAAUGUUCUGAAACCGGCUUCUGUUUUGUGUGCUGCCAUUUCUGGUGUCGUGUUUGUGACCUUUUAGUCUCCUGUUCCGAGAAUGUCCCGAUUAGCAUAUGCAGAACAAAGGGGGGUGGAGGGGGGGCUGCUGCUUGCCAAGGGUGCGCCAGACCACAUUCUCAGCUGAACAAGUGCAUAACGCCUCAGGCAUCGUGGGAGAGGUGAUGGGCAGAGGAGACACAGGGAUCCAGCUGGCAUCUAGGGGGGCAACCAGGCCUCUUUCCUGUCCCUCUGCCCACACGGUCACCUGCCUUCCUCAAGAGAAGACCCGCCUUGGCCUUCCUGGGGCACCCCCACCCCUCCUGGCGCGGCUGCCCUCGGAUCCAGCCCCGCCGCCUGCUUGGGCAUCUCUGCAGCCACCACACCUCCGCCAUGCCCCCGGGCCUGGCAUGGAGCCCGCCAGCAGCCUCCUGCGGGGCAAGGCCUUCUACUGCCGGGAGUGGGCGCUGGGCCGACUGGCACUCAGCUUGGAGGGGGGCGGGGGCGUCCUGAUCACAGGGGGGCCGGGCAGCGGCAAGACGGCCCUCUGCACUGAAGCCCUCUGGCCCACCUCCGAAGUGGGCCGCCGGGUGGAGCUGGGCGAGGCCGCCCUGGCCUGGCACUUCUGCCAGUCCCACGAUGCCACCACCUGCUCCCCGUGCGGCUUCCUGCUGCGGCUGGUGGCGCAGAUCGAGCACUGCCCGCUGCUGCCCGGGUACCGCGAGCGCCUGAGUCGGUCGGAUGCCCGGCGUGCCCUGGAGACGUCCGACUGCAAGAAGGACCCCGACGAAGCGUUCCGGAGAGCGGUGCUGCUUCCUUUGCUGGACCUGCCCCCUCCUCCCAAGCCCCUGCUGAUGGUGGUGGACGCGCUGGACGCGGGCAAGAGCAACCGUGGAGAGGAUCGGGCCCCUCCGCCUGGGCCCAGCCAGACCAUCGCCCAGCUCCUGGGGAGCCACCUACAGCUGUUGCCCCCCUGGCUGCUCCUGGUCUGCACCGCCCGCUCCCACAGCAAGGGGGUGCUGGGCCUCUUUCCUGGAUUCCAGCGACUGUGUCUGGACGAUCUUCGUCGGGAGCCAGUGGUGUGCGAUGUGCAGCAGUACAUUUUGGCACGGCUGGAUCGUGAGGAGGCGCUCCGGCGGCACCUGACCCGCGACACGGCGGAGGCCUUGAGCCAGCUGCACAUCAAGAGCAAUGGCUGCCUGCUGUACCUGGAGCGGGUGCUGGACGGCGUGGCGGGGGAGCUGGUCACCCUGCGCGAGGUGCGCCACAUCCCGGGCACGCUUUACGGCCUCUACCUCUGGCUGUGCCAGCGCCUCUUCCCCGGGCGCGAGUUUGACCGUGUCCGGCCCCUCUUUGCCGAAUGGCUCUGUGACGUCAAGCACUGCACCCAGAAGUACCUCUGCCGCCCGUCCCGCGGGCACGCCUUGCUCGCCAUGAGUGCCUCUUGCCGGGCCCCCAGCUUGAGCCCCGAGGAGGUUCACGAGCUGGCCCGCCACCUCCUCUCGGCCGAGCUGGGCAUGGAGCCGUGGCAGCUGGCCCUGUGGCUGAACGGGGCCAGCGUCAACCAGCGGGACACAAACGGGAGGACUUUGCUGGCCAGCGCCGCCCACAGCGGCAACCACGAGGUGGUGGCCUUGCUGCUGGCCCGCAGGGCCAAAACGGAGCUUCCCGAUCGCCACGGACAGACGCCCCUGACGCUGGCUGCCCGCCAGGGUCACACCAAGGUCCUCCUGUGCCUGCUGGCCCACGGGGCCAACGUGGACCGCCCGGAUCGUGAGGGCUGGACAGGGUUGCGCGCUGCUGCCUGGGGGGGCCACAGUGAAGCCGUGGGUGUCCUGCUGCGAGCUGGCGCCAACGUGGACGGUGCUGAUGCGGAGGGGAGGACGGCGCUGAGAGCGGCUGCCUGGGGCGGCCACGAGGACAUUGUCGCCACGCUGCUGGAGCACGGGGCAGAUGUCAACCGGGCUGACACAGAGGGGCGCACGGCACUCAUUGCUGCUGCUUACAUGGGGCAUCGCGAAAUCGUGGCCCUGCUUUUAGCCCACGGGGCUCACGUGGACCACACUGACGUGGAUGGACGCACUGCCCUUUCGGUGGCUGCCUUGUGCGUCCCCGCUAGCCGUGGCUAUGCCAAAGUGGUGGAGUUGCUCUUGGACUAUGGAGCCUCCCCAGGACACGCUGACCGGGACGGCAUGACCCCCUUGCUCGUUGCGGCCUACGAAGGCCAUGUGGACGUGGUUGAACUGCUGCUGGACGCCGGCGCCGACGUGGAUGAGGCUGACGGCACUGGAUGCACCUCCCUUUUGGCCGCCGCCUCCAUGGGCCACCGGGCAGUGGUGGACACGCUGCUGCUCUGGGGGGCGUCCAUCGACGUGCUGGACAGCGAGGGGCGGACGGCUCUUGGGGUGGCCGCCGGGCAGGGCAGCGAAGCCGUAGUCAGGGCCUUGCUGGAGCGGGGCCUGGACGAGAACCACCGGGACGGGUUGGGCUGGACCCCCCUGCACCUGGCGGCCUGGCAGGGCCACGCAAGGACCUGUGCCACGCUUCUUGAGGCGGGGGCCCGCGUGGUUGAGACCAACCGUGACGGGCGGGUCCCAAUGAUGUUGGCGGCCCAGGAAGGGCACACGGACGUGGUGCGGCUCCUAUGCGCGAGCCUUUUGGUCUCUAUGAGUUUCGACGGGCUCUCGGCCCUCUCCUUGGCCACGCUGGGCAACCACCGGUCCACGGCGGAGCUGCUUCUGCGCCAGGGGGCGGAGGUGAACCUGUGUGACGCGGAGGGCCGCCCGCUGCUCUACCUGCUGCUGCUGGAAGGACGCACAGAGAUGGCGGAGCUGCUGCUGGAGGCGGGGGCCAGCCUGGAAGGGCGGGACUCCCAAGGCCGGACGGCGCUCCACGUCACCUGCUGGCAGGGCCAGGUGGAGGCCACGCAGCUGCUCUUGAGCUACGGGGCCGAUGUGGAUAGUCCGGACCGGGAGGGCCGCUCGCCCUUGCACUUGGCCUCCUGGCAGGGUGACCCCCGGAUCGCCAGCCUCUUGCUGGAGAGGGGGGCCCGCUCGGACCACACCUGCCACCAGGGGGCCACCGCCCUGGCUGUGGCUGCCCAGGAGGGCCAGACUGAGGUGGUGAGGGUUUUGCUGGACCAUGGGGCCAACCCCAACGUGUUGGACCAGGCGGGGCGCACCCCCAUGCGCAUGGCGGCCAGGCAGGGCCACCAGGCCGUGCUGAGGCUGCUGGAGGGUUUUGGAGCCCCCUCGCCCGCGCCCGCCUCCCCGCCGCGGGGCUCGGCCAGCAGCUCGGCCAGCAGCCCAGUGACCCCUGGCAAGCAGGGCAGCUCCCCCUCGGCCUCCCUGGACUCGGUCGGGGGUGAGCGCUGCAAAUCCCAGGUGUCGUCCCACUGCUCCUCCUCGGGCGCCACCUCUUCCACGUUCCACUCGCUGGCCACGGCCCAGACGGUGCCCAUCGACAGCCUCAGCUUUGCCCAGCAAAUCCAGCAGCACUCACUGCCCCGCCGGCGCCAGGCCGCCCUGGCCACCGGCCACCCCUCGGCCGCUCAGGAGAAGCUCUGCGCCGGACCGGGCCCCCCACCGGCCCCCUCCCUCGACCUGCUGGACCCCCACCUGCACCUCAAGGCUGCCAUCAAGCUGCAGUUCGAAGGCCCGACCUGUGGCUACGAGUACAAGCAGGAGACGCCCCUCUGAGAAGCUUCCCUGGGGCAGGCGGGUACCUUGGCCCGGGCUCCUGUGGGCCCACCCCGGGUGUGUGUCCCCCCCGCCACUGCCGCCGGCACAGCAAGGGUGCGCAUGUCUCCUCUUUGCCUGGAGUGCCUGCAGGCCAGGCGGUCUCCAUCCAUCUCGUCAGCCAGGGAGGAUGGGGGGGGGGG